AUGGAAAUUACUUCAAAAACUCCCAAUAAUUCUUCCUCAUUUUUAUCUAAUUUAUCAAAAAGUAUUGAACAAACAAGUAAUCCCAACAACCAAAUUGAUAUCUCUAAAAUAUUUAACAAUUCAUCUAUUAUUUCAAUGAUACCUUCAUCUUCAUCAGACUUAAAUAUUUUAGAAUUAAAUAAUAAAGAGAGUCCUUUAGCUACCAAUAAAAAAUUACAACAAAAUAAAUUAAGUGAACCAAUUAAUGGAAAGGUUCUCAUUCAGUAA